AUGAUGAGCGCGUUCUAUCGCAAGGCCGUAGCCGUCGGCGAGGACGACGGCGAGGCGGCGAGUGGCGGCGGCUACCGACAAAAGAUGUCGCCGCGUCGUUCGUUCAUGAUCGCGGACAUUCUGACAGCGCCGCCGGGGACUCCCCUGGCCGACUCCCCGCUCUGCCUGGGCCCGUCUCCCAUGCACGUCCGGGGAUCGGCGAUGACAGCUGUCUCGCAGGGCGGCGCGGCGACCGGACCGACGUGCCUGCAGACGCCGCCGCUGGGUCCCAUGUACUCCCAAGGAUCAGCCGUGGCCGCGUUCCUGCCGGCCGCCCACUUCAUCGGCAAGUCCAUCGAGCAAGGAUCCUUCCUUCUGUCGCCAGGGCUGGCGUUCCCGGGCCUGUUCGGGGGCCCCGGCGGCUGCGAGCCCGGUUCACGGCCCUGCCGGCGUCGCAAGGCGCGCACCGUGUUCAGUGACCAACAGCUGCACGGACUCGAAAAGCGCUUCGAGGCGCAGCGUUACCUGUCCACUCCGGAGCGCCUCGAGCUGGCCACCGCGCUCAGCCUGUCCGAGACACAGGUUAAGACGUGGUUCCAGAACCGGCGCAUGAAGCACAAGAAGCAGAUGCGCAAGGUGGGCGAGGACUCUUCGUCAACCACAGCGGCGGCCAGGCACACCCUGACGGAUGACUCGAACCCGGGAUCCUGCGGGUCAGACCUGGACGGCGAACUGGACGUCGUCGGAGAUGGUGGCGCCGCGCCGCGGUAAAGCGCCGCAUCGAGCGCCUGCAGAGAGGACGGCUGUACUCGGCUGGCAGACUUCUGAUGUGUAUAUAUAUACAUAUAUAUAUUCGAUCAACAAGGGUUACGAUAAGCGUAUGCACUGGCCAAGGUGACGUGACAGCAUCAUCAAG